AUGCGCUCUGUGGUAAGCACUGUUCUUGGUGUUGGGAGGCAUUAUUUAAAUAUGUUAGAUGCAAUCCAUGGCCUCACCAAGCUUAUAGUCCAGUGGAUCACAAAAAGCAAGGAAAGGCGCAGGGACAGCUGGGCUCAGCCCCACCUCACGGAGGGCAGCCGCAAGUCCAACGGGACUGGGCAGACACUGGAUUCUGCCAUCCUCUGCACAGAACCGGUGACUUUCACUGCAGAGGUGGAUGGAGAAGAACGGGGCUCCUUCUACUACUCCUUUAAGACUGAGCAGUCGAUAAGUCUGCGGGUCCUCUUUGUUUUCACCAUUGUUGGAAAUGCCAUCGUGCCGUUCUCUACGAGAAGGAAGAGGAAGUCGAGAAUGACCUUUGUGACUCAGCUGGCCAUCACAGACUCUUUCACAGGACUGGUUAACAUCUUGACAGAUAUCAUUUGGAGAUUCACUGGAGACUUCAUGGCACCUGAUCUGUUUUGCCAAGUAGUCCACUAUUUGCAGGUUGUGCUGCCCUAUGCCUCUACCUGUGUCCUGGCGGCCCUCAGCAUAGACAGGUACCAUGCCAUCGUCUACGCCAUGAAGUUCCUGCAAGGAGAAAAGCAGGCCAAGGUCCUCAGCGUGAUUGCCUAGAGCCUCUCUUUCCUGUUCUCCAUUCCCACCCUUAUCAUAUUUGGGAAAAGGAAACUCUCCAAUGGUGAAGUGCAGUGCUGGGCCCUGUGGCCCGAUGACUCCUACUGGACCCCAUGCAUGACCAUCAUGGCCUUCCUGGUGUAUUUCAUCCCCCUGACAACAGUUAGUGUCAUCUAGGCCAUUGUGAUCAGAACUACUUGGGUCAAAAGCAAAGCCCAUAAGACAGUGAUUUCCAGCUGCUCAGAUGGAAAGCGGUGCACCAUUUCCAACCGAGGGCUCAUCUCAAAGGCAAAAAUCAAGGCCAUCAAGUAUAGCACUGUCAUCAUUCUUGCCUUCAUCUGCUGUUGAAGUCCGUACUUCCUCUUUGAUAUCUUGGACAAUUUCAGACUCCUUCCAAACACUAAGGAGCGUUUCUAUGCCUCUGUGAUCAUUCAGAACCUGCCGGCCUUGAAUAGUGCCAUCAACCUCAUCUACUGUGUUUUCAGCAGCUCCAUCUGCUUCGCCUGGGCUAAUAGCAGUGCCUACCUCUUGGCCAGUGAUGUCUCUGUCCAUUGGGCUCUGGUGCUGACCAGUAGGAAGGAGGGCUGUGAGUGGUGGGGAAGAAAGGGAGCAAAGAUCACGGGAUUCCAGAAUGACAUGUCAGGAGAGAACUGA